AUGCCUUUGUCUAGAGAAGAUUCGGUGUACCUCGCCAAGUUGGCCGAACAAGCUGAACGUUAUGAAGAAAUGGUUGAUAACAUGAAGGCUGUUGCCUCCUCCGGUCAAGAGUUGUCAGUUGAAGAAAGAAACUUGCUUUCUGUUGCUUACAAGAACGUGAUCGGUGCCAGAAGAGCUUCAUGGAGAAUUGUCUCUUCUAUCGAACAAAAGGAAGAAGAGAAGCACAAUGAGGCCCAAGUGGCUUUGAUUAUGGAAUACAGAUCCAAGAUUGAAGCUGAAUUGACCAAGAUUUGUGAAGAUAUUUUGUCUGUAUUGUCUGAUCAUUUGAUUACCUCUGCUCAAACCGGUGAAUCUAAAGUUUUCUACUACAAGAUGAAGGGUGAUUAUCACAGAUAUUUGGCUGAAUUUGCUGUGUCUGAAAAGAGAAAGGAGGCUGCAGACUUAAGUUUAGAAGCUUACAGAUCUGCUUCUGAAGUUGCUGUCACUGAAUUGCCUCCUACUCAUCCUAUUAGAUUGGGUUUGGCAUUGAACUUUUCUGUUUUCUACUAUGAGAUCUUGAACUCACCCGACAGGGCCUGUCACUUGGCUAAACAAGCUUUUGAUGAUGCUGUUGCUGAUUUGGAAACCUUAUCUGAAGAGAGCUAUAAGGAUUCAACUUUGAUCAUGCAAUUGUUGAGAGAUAACUUGACUUUGUGGACUGACUUGUCAGAAACUACUGCUCCAGCAGAAAGCAAUGCUGCUCCUGCUCCUGCUGCUGCUCCUGCUUCAGAAGCUAAGGACGAAGAAGAUAUGAAAAAGAAGUUGAAGGUCACCAAACAAACAACUGCCACUUCUUAA